AUGGAAAAUUCACAACAAACCUUCGUCGGAGGAGCUGCUAUGCUGAAUCCAUACAACACGCGAACGUCUCCCUUCUACUCGGCCGUGACGCAUUCCGCCGGACCUUGUACUAUCGUAACUACUGCUGGUCAAAUCGGAGCACGUCCAGAUGGCACCAUACCAUCCGAUCCAGAAGAACAGUAUUCGCAGGCGAUUGACAACCUUAGACGAUGUCUAGAAGCUGCAGGAGCACGAGUCCAGGACAUCUUGAAGCUCACCUACUACAUUGUUGACUACAACCACAAAAAGCCAUUGCAUCGUCCCGCCUUGAUGAACUUUCUUGGAGAUCAUCGACCAGCUUCGACUUUGAUUCCCGUACAACAGCUGGCCGCGCCGGAGUUUCUAUUUGAGAUUGAAGCGACAGCUGCCAUUCCUCAGCACCCACCAGAGAGCGUCGAUGUUGUGGUCGUUGGUGCUGGGCUGAGCGGACUGCAAGCAGCAGUGGAUCUGCAAAAGGCCGGCCUCGGUGUAAAAGUCUUAGAGGCUCGAGAUCGUGUCGGAGGGAAGACAUGGUCCCGACCAGCGCAAGGAAGCGCAUGUGACGUGGGUGCUGCUUGGAUCAACGAUACCAACCAAUCCAAAAUGCAUGCAUUAGCCCAAAGAUUUGGUCUUGAGACCGUUCGGCAAAAUACUGAGGGUAGCAUCAUUUGCGAUGCGGGAAUUGGCAGCCACAAGACUCAUCCCUAUGGAACGCUGUUAUCAGAUGCAAGCGACCAGGCUGAGAUCGAGGACAUCAUCCGAAUUCGUACCAUCUUUGAGGAGACUUGCCAGAAGAUCGAUAUCUAUAACACGGUAGCAUCCGGUCAGCAGAUCAGGAAAGACCUCGACGACAUCACUUUCGAGGCCUGGUUGCAAGACCUCGGCUGUGGAGAGCAUGCGCUCAACUCUCUCAAAGUUGGAACUCGGGCUAUGCUUGGUGUAGAGCCAUCGGAGCUCAGCGCUUUGUACUUCCUCGACUAUUGCAAAUCUGGCGGUGGCUACAUGCAAAUGCGGUCUGAUCUCAAACACGGUGGACAGUAUCUACGCAUCGCCAAAGGAACCCAGUCUUUCAGCAAAGGCCUCGCCGAUGAGCUUGAGCCUGGAUCGCUCAUCUUGAUGGCACCAGUCCGUAAGAUCGAACAGGGAGGUGGAACCGUUCGAGUGACCUCAGCGAGAGGAACCUUCGAAGCAAAGCGCGUGAUUGUGUCCGUUCCAACCCCAUUGUACAAUGAGAUCACAUUCGAUCCACCAUUGCCAGCAGAGAAGAUCGAGCUCGCCAAUUCAACCAAACUAGGAGACUACUGCAAGAUGAUCUUGUUCUAUAACAAACCAUGGUGGCGCGAACAUGGCCUUUGCGGCAUGUCUCAAUCCUCCAAAGGACCCGCCGGAGUCACCAGAGACAGCAGUGUCGAUGCAGAUGGUCACUAUAGCUUGACGACUUUCCUUGUCGGACAGCCUGCCCGGGAUUGGAUGGUGCUUCCACCAGAGGGCCGCAAGAAGGCCAUUGUGGAGAACAUACAACGUCUCUUCAGUCCGUUUGCUACCGUUGAAGACCCAAUUGAGGCUGUUGAGCAGAUAUGGAAGAACGAACAAUGGUCGCAGGGAUGUCCAUGCCCGACUAUGGGACCUGGAGGGCUGACAAAAUUUGAGAAAGUGCUGAGAGCCCCGGCAGACCGUAUUCACUUUGUUGGAACGGAAACUGCUUUUGAAUGGAAGGGCUACAUGGAGGGUGCGGUUCGAUCUGGAGAGCGAGGUGCCCAGGAAGUGUUGGCCGGUCUUGGAAAAUUGGAAAAGUGA